GUUCAGGUUCAGGUUGGUUCGCUACGCGUCAUAGCAUCGGAUCGUUUCAGUUCAUUUCAGUUCGCCUCGGUGGUCUCGAACUACUCGGGUACGCGUUUUGAGCAGUCGUGUUAAUUGCUGCUUACACAGGUUCUCGUGGAUAAUCUCUCGCUGUCUGCCAGUGCACGCAAGAUAUCAGUGGGUCAGUGCUUUUUGUGCCAAAUCCAUGGAUUUGGAUAUGCCCGCGGACAUGGAUUAUACUUCCGGAUUUAACAUGACGAUGCGGUAGUGGAUAACUUCGCAGUAGCGGACUCAAGGUUGAAUUUGAAGAAGAAAGGUAUUUUUCGCGUGCAGCACAGGAGAAGAAGAGAUUCUAGAUGCUAGGCCAGAUCAAAACGAAGUAGAAAAGAGAAGGAGCAAGAGAAAAGGAAUUGCCAGCGGGAAGAGGAAGCGAGGACGAGAUAGGGAAGGAAAGAGAGGCAGGAAGGGAGGAGGAGAGAAAGUAAGAGAGAGAGAGGGAGGGAGGGGAGGGAGGGAGAGGGAUGGGCGCUGGGAUGGGUAGAAGCGGCACGAGCGGCGGUCUGCUCGAGGCACUUCCUACGGGAACUCCCCUGCACGUGGCGAUGCUCGGUCUCGAUAGCGCCGGGAAGACGACCGCCCUGUACAGACUAAAAUUCGAUCAGUAUCUCAAUACCGUACCGACUAUUGGCUUUAACUGCGAGAGAAUUCGCGGUGGCAUCGGAAAAGCUAAAGGUGUUAAUUUUCUUGUGUGGGAUGUCGGCGGGCAAGAAAAGCUACGGCCGCUGUGGAAAUCUUACACGAGAUGCACCGAUGGUAUUAUUUUUGUCGUUGACUCUUGCGAUACUGAACGGCUUGAGGAGGCAAAAAUGGAGCUCACUAGGACGGCGAGAAGUCCGGACAAUGCGGGUGUGCCGAUCCUAAUCCUCGCCAAUAAACAAGAUUUGCCUGGUGCGAAAGAAGUUAGUGAACUAGAGAAGCAUCUGGGAGUGUUAGAACUAACCGGAAUGCCAGGCAGCGCUUGUAUUCGUGUGCAACCAGCGUGCGCUAUUACAGGCGAAGGACUUCACGAAGGCUUGGACACACUGUACCAGCUGAUAUUGAAACGACGCAAAUUGGCCAAACUAAAUCGGAAACGGGCCAGGUAGGCCAGGGCUUCGGAAGACUGCACAUGCGUCUUCUGAUAUUGUCGAUUGCGGACAGCCUCUCCUUUGGCGACGCUUUCCACAACUUCCAUCUCGUUCUCUCUUUCCAAUUGCGAUGAGGACGUAGCACAUUAACUCGAAAGAAGUGAACGGUGAUCACGAAGGGUGCGAUCACUUCCCUCUGACUUUCACUCUCAGCGAGAUGCUGUUGGAAUUACUAGCAUCGAUUUUUAGAUGUGUGUGUGUGUGUGUGUGUGUGUGUGUGUGUGUGUGUGUGUGU